GGAUGAUGACAUGCAACACUACAAAAGCUGAAAGUGAAAGUAAAGAUGCCAGAAUGGAUCAGCACCUCUCCAAGGCACGUUUGCAAAGACCACAGAGGGCAUCAUGACGUCACACGGCUGUUAUCUCUGCCUGUUGCUUUUAAGUGUAAUCCUGAUCAAGCCAUCAAAAGCAGGCUGUUGGGACUACUUCAAAAAAGCAGACUGGAAGACAAAGGUAACAGAUGACCUCCCAGACAAUAUUCCUGUCAACAUAAUAAAUGCCACCAAAAUGAACAAGCCCGAGGACAUCAUUGUAUGUAGUAUAAGCGAAAACUGUAAUCGAAGCAAAGAAACCUGUUUUCUACGGGACUGUUUUAAGGAUAUACCGACAUGUAAAAGGACGGAUCAGAACACCAAUGUCCCUUUCUACCACUUCAUGUGCUUGACAGAUAUAGCCAAGCGUCUACAUGACAAAACAAAAGGAGAACCACGAAAACCCACUGCAGAAGAAGUCUGUAACGUGUACGAAAAAGUGUGUAAGCGAGAUUCUCCCAACCCAGCAGCAAAAGCGACAACACCAACAGCCUGUACUACUACAACACCAACCACAGCAACAACAAAUAAGCCAACAUCGACACCUUCUGCAACAACAACAACAACAACAACAAGAACCACAGAAGCAACAACAAAUAAGCCAACAUCGAGACCUUCUGCAACAACAACAACAACGACAACAACAACAACAACCACAGAAGCAACAACAAAUAAGCCAACAUCGAGACCUUCUGCAACAACAACAACAACGACAACAACAACAACAACCACAGAAGCAACAACAAAAAACCCACAAGUAUCAGCAGCAGCAGUUUCAAUAACAACUCCAUCAUCCCCAAUGAAUUUACAACAGAAGGAUGAAACAUUUCAGGGCGAAAGUGCUGAAAAAGAGAAAAUCCUACAUAUUAUAAUAGGUGUCCUUAUCUUCACCAACUUCCUUUGCCCGGUGGGUGUUUACAUGUACAUGCGGAGGCUUCAAAGGAGUAACGAGCGUAACAUAUUUCGCAGCGACAUUGGAGAGGGUUCCAUUUUAUUAACGACACCUGAAAGUUCCAUCAUCAUAAAUUCACCUGAAACCACCAUAAUUGAAAGCCCUUGCCCACACAGAACACAUCUUUAGAAGUUCUGGACUGAUGAGAAAAUCUUUUCUAAAUUUGGCCAUCGCAGAAUCUGGGUACGAGGAUCUGCUCUACACAGCUUGUUAACACUCCAGAUGAAGUAAAGGUGGUCUGUGAAUGCCUCUGAGCCCAAAGGUGGAUAAACUUGUGAAGAAUGUGAAGAAGAGUGAGACCGAACAAGCCACAGCAUGCCUAUUCAUGUAACCGCUCUGCAGUCUCAAAUCAAGAAGGUUUUGUGGAUUACCCCAGCACCACGUCCAAGAAAUAAACUGUCCGCCUCAUGUAAAAUGUUUUACUGCUGUGCUGGUUUUAAGUGACCAAGGUCUUCCCAGAAAAACUACACCGGGCUAGUUACAUUAGGAUGCUGAUGAGGGAGUCUGUUUUAACACAGGCAAUAAAGAGCUGGGUUUUUUUGGUCAUAUUAAGAAUAAUUUGAGACACAAAAACACAGAUUACCCAUGUGGUCUGUGAACGUAUAAAGUGUGUUAAAGUGUUGUAGAAGUGUGCAGAACACUAUAUUAGGUGUGACUGCAAAACAAAGUUGUAAUGUUUAUAUAGCUAAUGGACUAAUUCUCUUUGUUUAUGUGUACAUAUUUGGAAAAACGUUCUUUUCCAUGUAUAUAUUAAGUAUAUUGUGAUAAAGAUUCGAGGGAAAAGCUAAAGGUGCCUGAAAACGAUUGGAAUAUUAUUUUCUUUUUAAUUGCAUAAUGCACAUUUAGCUAAGCCACCAUAAGAGAAUUGAUCUUUUUACCUUUUCUAAAUUAAAGCCAGCUGUGCUAGCUUUAAUCCUAAAAUGCGAUCUUAUCUGUGAACAGUUGUUCUAGAGAAGUUCUCACCAUAGAAUCUUCACACAUGCAUUUCUACUGUGUUUAUGUUUCAUGGAAGCAGAAAUAGAAAAUUCCCUACCACAACGCAUUUACUAUAUUCACAAAUCACCGCAAAAACAAACAGUCUCUUCUGCCCUUUUUCAUUUUCACACUGUCACGUUAUUUCACUUGCACAUUUGUGUAAGUAACCCAAAAUAAUAUCUUGACUGUCCCUCACAUAUGGAAGAAUGUAGGCAUGGUUCUGUGUUUUGAGUGUUUGCCUUUCGAUGCAUUUGUGGAAUAUAUUUUAGUUUUUGUAUAUGUAUAAAUUAAUUUUUUUUAUAUAUUUUUUAAGCCAACCAGUUUAUUUAUUGUGUUUGUGACAGACUGAGUAGGAGUAUUUUUUUUCGAAUGUAUAGAUGUGAGUUUAGACAAGCAUCUAUGAUUGCUGUACAUACUCCUUGGUGUGGAACAAAAAUGACUGAAAAGAGGAAAAGGAAAAAAUGUAAGGGGAUAAUAACGUCAUUGGUUGGCACAACUGACACAACGGACCUGGUGAACAUAUCUGAGCACAGGAGCUACACGCAGUCCAAACUGGUGCUAAGUAGGCCAGACUUUUAAAGUGUAUAAAAAGCUAUAUUUAAAACCAACAAAUAAAUAAGAAAGGAAUAAAAAUGAAAAAUACUUCUUUAAAUGAAGACAGUCACAUUAAAAGAAUCAUCUACACAGUUUUACCAUCUGCAUGUCACAUUUUCACUGACUGUACUAGACUGGUUUUGUCUGUUUGGCACCAAUGCAUUUGAAGGUGAAGUGUAUCGGUGUAUAUAUGUGUGUGUAUAUAUAUUUGUUGUCUGACAUACAAAAUAUAUAUAACUGUGCUUCAUUAUAAUACCAGCAUUGGAUACCUGGAGUACCCGCUUGUGGAAGGAAGAUAUUGUGGCAAUAUUUCAUGUUGUGAAAAGGAGCCUGAGCAGCUAAGCUAAUGGUGACCUCUGCAUGUCUACUUCAGUCCAUUUUUUGGUAUUGUCUGUAUUUUAUAUAAUGUGAAAAAAUAUAUAAAUUUGCCAGGUAAAAAACACUGUGUUGAAUUGAUGAGUUAAAUAAUCAGUGUGUUCUCAUGGUAUUUGUAGAACAAUGCUUCAGCGAGAUGUUGAUAUAAAUUAACCUACAACGUAUCACUAUCCUUUGCACUUGCAUUUUUCUUUCCAGAUUUUCAUUUCACAGAUGUCUUUUUGGUGCCUGGUUUUUGCAAAUAAAGGACCUUUUCGGCUUUAAAA